AUGGAGGUGGCGGACCCGCAGCAUCUGGGCAUGUUUACAGAGGGCGAGCUGAUGUCGGUGGGGAUGGACACAUUCAUCCACCGGAUCGACUCCACCGAGGUCAUCUACCAGCCCCGCCGCAAGCGGGCCAAACUCAUCGGAAAGUACCUGAUGGGGGACCUGCUGGGGGAGGGGUCGUACGGCAAGGUGAAGGAGGUGCUGGACUCGGAGACACUGUGCAGAAGAGCCGUCAAAAUCCUCAAGAAGAAGAAGUUGCGAAGGAUCCCCAACGGGGAGGCCAACGUGAAGAAGGAGAUCCAGCUGCUGAGGAGGCUACGGCACAGGAACGUCAUCCAGCUAGUGGAUGUGCUGUACAACGAGGAGAAGCAGAAGAUAUAUCCUACAGGGGCACGGCCCACGUACAUGGUGAUGGAGUAUUGCGUGUGUGGCAUGCAGGAGAUGCUGGACAGCGUGCCCGAGAAGCGCUUCCCUGUGUGCCAGGCCCAUGGGUACUUCUGCCAGCUGGUGGACGGCCUGGAGUACCUGCACAGCCAGGGCAUCGUGCACAAGGACAUCAAGCCCGGCAACCUGCUGCUCACCACCGGUGGCACGCUCAAGAUCUCUGACCUGGGUGUGGCUGAGGCACUGCACCCGUUUGCUGAGGAUGACACGUGCCGGACCAGCCAGGGCUCCCCAGCGUUCCAGCCACCUGAGAUCGCCAAUGGCCUGGACACCUUCUCUGGCUUCAAGGUGGACAUCUGGUCAGCAGGAGUCACGCUGUACAACAUCACAACAGGCCUGUACCCGUUCGAGGGCGACAACAUCUACAAGCUGUUUGAGAACAUCGGGAAGGGGGACUAUACCAUCCCGGGGGACUGCGGGCCCCCGCUCUCAGACCUGCUCAGAGGGAUGCUGGAGUAUGAGCCGGCCAAGCGGUUCUCCAUACAGCAGAUCCGGCAGCACAGUUGGUUCCGGAAGAAGCACCCGCCAGCCGAGCAGCCGGUGCCCAUCCCGCCCAGCGCGGACUGCAAGGACCGGUGGCGGGGCAUGACAGUGGUGCCCUACCUGGAGGACCUGCACGGCUGUGCCGACGACGUGGAUGACGAGCUUUUCGACAUUGAGGACGACGUCAUCUACACUCAGGACUUCACAGUGCCCGGUCAGGUCCUGGAGGAGGAGGCUGGGCGGAGCGCACAGAACCGGGUCCUUCCCAAGGCUGUGUGCGUGAAUGGCACCGACACCACCCAGCUGAACACCAGGUCGAGGGCAGAGCGCCGGGCCAGCGCUGCCUCCAACCCUGCCCGCAAGGCCUGCUCAGCCAGCAGCAAGAUCCGCCGGCUGUCGGCCUGCAAACAGCAGUGA